UUGAGUUUGAGUGAAAUUUUUGUGGUGACACAGGGUUGGUUUAAUGUUGUUGUUAGAUAGGCAUAUCUAAUUAUAAAGCUGGGAAUUCAUCAUCAUUUGCAACAAACUUCUUUCUGCCUCCUCUGGAGGGUUUAUGAGGCCCUUCGUUGUCUCUUUGGUGUCCUCUGUAGCCACCUCUACCUCUGCCUCUUCCUCUACCUCUUCUCUCAAAUGAUUCUUCUGGUUCAUCACCAAUAGCUUGGAAACCGACUUCAAUAUCUCCGCUCACUCCGCUCAUAGCGUAAGCUUCAUGACUUUUGAUAUUUGACUUUACUUGCUUCACUCCAGUGUUAGUUUUCUCGUAUUUCUGAAUAUUUGAUACCUUAAUUUCCUCAGGCUUUCUCGCUUUUCCUUUCUUUAAAGUGCUCCCUUCGGACUUCUUUUGAGCAAUGUAUUCACUAUAGGUCAAGUUAUUGACCUCCUCCUCUUCCUUUUGCUCUUCUUCAUGAUGUUUUUGAUCUUUUUCAUAAUGUUUUUGAUCAUCUUCAACAACUUCAGUCACAGCUUCAGCAGCAUCUUCAGCUCCCAUAUGCUCAAGCUUCUUGUCUUGGUCAGGAUUUCCCCAGCCUCCUUUACCUGCGCCACCUUUCUUUACUUCCUUACCAUGUCCAGUACCUGACCUCUUAUCGUAAUAUCUCUUUUGGUCAUAAUGUCCUUCCUCUUGUGUUUGCUCUUCAGUAGCACCAGCUUCAUCUUUUACAUUCUCUCUUGUGGCGAAUUUUGAGUAAGUAUCUCUUGGGCCAGUAUAAUCUUUGUUAUAACCUCCUCUACCUCUACCUCUGCCUCUUCCAAAGCCUCUUUCUCCUCUUGGUCUGUGCUCGCCGUCAUGACCGCCUCUUCCUCUGCCGCCUCUGCUACCUCUGGCUCUGCCUCUGGUACCUCUACCUCUGGUUUCUUUGGGUUUGUUCGUAGUAUAGUCAAAAUCACCAUCUUCAGCUCUUCUACUACCAACGACCUGUCUGGCGUCAUCCUUUUGCUUUUUGGCUGGCUUCUUGUCUGCUUUCUUCUUAGACUCUACAGCCGUGUACUCAUCCUCGCUAUCACUAGCAAAGGCUGCGAACAUAUUAACCUUAGACAUUUCUAGAUACGAUUAUAAAUGAUUAUAUCUUAU